AUGUUUUCCUUCACCAUCUGGCCGUCUUCACCGUAUGUCACAUUAUCACACCCCCUCACCAGACCUGUCACCAGGCCCCUCACCAGACCAGUCACCAGGCCCCUCACCAGACCCGUCGCCAGGCCCCUCACCAGCCCCUCACCACACCCCUCACCAGGCCCCUCACCACACACCUCACAACAUCUCUCACCAGGCCCCUUACAAUACCCCUCACCAGGCCAGUCACCAGACCCCUCACCACAGCCCUCACCAGCCCUUACCAGGCCCGUCACCAGGCCCUUCACCACAGCCCUCACCAGGCCCAUCAUUAGGCUCCUCACCAUACCCCUCACCACACCCCUCACCAGACCCAUCGCCAGGCCCCUCACCAGCCCCUCAGCACACCCCUCACCAGGCCCCUCACCACACACCUCACAACAUCCCUCACCAGGCUCCUUACCACGCCCCUCACCAGGCCCGUCACCAGACCCCUCACCACAGCCCUCACCAGGCCCGUCACCAGGCCCCUCACCACACCCCUCACCAGGCCCAUCAUUAGGCUGCUCACCAUAG